AUGGCCGGGCUGAACGAAGACACCACGACUCGCCUUCCUGACCAGGGGCCAGCAAGGAGGAAGUCCGAAGAUUCCAUAUCCUCAGCGUCGACGACAAGCCUGGUGUUCGAGCGAAUCGGUGAACGAGUUGACGCAUCUGAUGAGAAGGGGUCAAACGGGAACGGGAAGACGAUGGUGACCCCGAAGUUUCGCGCGCGGAGCGAAUCGAGAGGAUACGCCGACGACGAGCAUGCGACGACAUCGCACGAUGACGAAGAGAAGGACGACUACGAUCUUGAGACUGGUCCAUUCCUAAGCCACAAUUCAACUGAGCAGACAGUGGACAAGAAAUUCCGGCGAUUGCUAUGGAUAGUUGGAGGGGUAUUCAUAGGCGUCUGGCUGCUGGCCCUCGUUCUAUUUCUCUCACGGCAGUCGUAUCGACAUGUUUCUUCGAACCCCCAUAAUCCCUCGGCGAUUCCGUCCGCAGGUAAUGGAAAGAAGGUCACACUAGAUCAUGUUAUGAGCGGAAAAUGGGGGCCUAAAACGGCGGGCAUAAGUUGGAUCGAAGGCGCAAACGGCGAGGAUGGAUUGAUGCUCGAGCAUAAUGCUGUCGGAAAAGACUAUCUGGUGGUCAGUGAUGUAAGAGGCAGCGAAGCGGACGGAGGGCCGCAAGGAACAAAGACGUUGAUGAAGACCGCGAACUUUGAUGUUGGGGGUAAAACACAUACCACUGGCAAUGUGUUUCCUAGCAAGGAUCUGAAGAAGCUUCUCCUUGCGACAGGCAUUCAGUCGAAUUGGAGACACUCGUUUUACGCCCAAUACUGGAUUUUCGAUGUCGAGACCCAGACCGCCGAAGCUUUAGAUGCUGCGGAGCCGGAUAGCAGAAUUCAACUGGCCAGUUGGAGUCCUCAGAGCGAUGCUGUGGUCUUCACUAGAGAAAACAACCUCUAUAUCAGAAAGUUAUCUUCGAAGACGGUCACGCAAAUAACAAAAGAUGGCGGACCGAAUUUCUUCUACGGAGUUCCCGACUGGGUGUACGAGGAGGAAGUAUUUGCUGGGAACAGCGCCACAUGGUGGGCUGAGGAUGGAAAAUAUGUUGCUUUCUUGCGAACGAACGAGUCCGAAGUUCCCGAAUAUCCCAUCCAAUAUUUUUUGUCCCGGCCAAGUGGGGUACAACCACAACCUGGCGAGGAAAACUAUCCGGAGGUUCGCGAAAUCAAGUAUCCAAAGUCUGGUGCCCCCAACCCGUCUGUGGCGCUACAAUUUUACGAUGUCGAGAAAGGAGAGGUUUUCGGAAUCGAGGUUGCUGGGUCAUUUGCAGCAGACGAUCUCCUCAUCACCGAAGUGAUCUGGGCCGGUUCGAAGGCUUUGAUCCGGGAAACAAACAGAGAGAGUGACGUACUCCGAGUUGUUCUCGUUGAUGUCGCUGAGAGAUCCGGGAAAACUGUACGAAAUGAAGAUAUUCAAUCGGAGGACGGGGGAUGGUUUGAGGUGUCUCAAAAGACCAGAUACAUUCCUGCAGACCCAAGCAAUGGCCGCCCAGAAGCCGGGUAUAUCGAUACUGUCAUUCACAACAAUUAUGAUCAUCUUGGAUACUUCAGUCCGUUGGAUAACCCGGUUCCGACCCUGUUGACUUCUGGCAACUGGGAGGUGGUUGAAGCUCCAUCAGCGGUGGACCUGAAGAAGAAUCUGGUGUAUUUUGUUGCAACCAAGGAGUCAUCCAUUCAACGUCAUGUGUACAGUGUCUUCUUGAAUGGGAGUAAUCUCCAACCUCUCACUGAUACGAGCAAAGAGGGCUAUUAUACUGCAUCUUUUUCCAGUGGUGCAGGGUACGCUCUCAUAACCUACAACGGUCCAGACAUUCCAUGGCAGAAAGUCAUCAGCACGCCUAGCAACUCUGAUCACUACGAGAAAAGUAUCUCAACAAACUCUGAACUUGCUGAAAUGGCCAAGAAGUACGAGCUCCCACACCUAAUAUAUUCGACUGUGAACAUCGAUGGCUUCGACUUGAAUGUCGUGGAGAGAAGACCGCCUCACUUCAACGAAAAUAAAAAGUAUCCUGUUCUUUUCCAUCUAUAUGGCGGUCCUGGAUCACAAACGGUCACGAAGCGUUUUGGCGUCGACUUUCAAUCUUAUAUUGCCGCGAAUCUCGGCUACAUCGUUGUCACUGUGGAUGGCCGUGGCACUGGGUUUAUCGGACGACAGGCUCGCGUAAUUAUUCGUGGCAACCUCGGAUACUGGGAAGCUCGCGACCAGAUCGAGACUGCCAAGAUUUGGGCAGCGAAGAAGUAUGUUGAUGCCUCAAGGAUUGCGAUCUGGGGAUGGUCGUAUGGUGGAUUUAUGACUUUGAAGACUCUGGAACAAGAUGCGGGCCAGACAUUCUCGUAUGGCAUGGCUGUUGCUCCUGUGACCGACUGGGAAUUCUACGACUCCAUUUACACGGAACGGUAUAUGCACACACCUCAGCACAACCCGGAAGGAUAUAAGAACGCAACGAUCAGCAACAUGACCGCCCUACAGCAAAAUGUCAGGUUCUUGGUCAUGCAUGGAGUUGCAGACGACAAUGUUCAUAUGCAAAAUACUCUCACGCUUUUGGAUAAGCUGGACGUUGCUAGGGUGGAGAAUUAUGAUGUUCAUGUCUUCCCGGACAGUGACCACGGAAUAUAUUUUCACAAUGCUAACAGGAUCGUUUAUGACAAACUAAACAACUGGCUGAUCAACGCAUUCAACGGCGAGUGGCUCCGGACGAGUGAUCCUGUUCCUUUGCAAAUUGAUGCUGCUGCAGAAAAGCGAAGAUGA